AUGGCUGUUGAGAUAGAAAAGAUUGUUGGACACAAAAAAGAUAAAGGCAAAUUAAAAUUUAUGGUGCGUUUCCAAGGUCUAACCAUCGAUGAAGACUGUUGGUUCUCAGAAGAUCAAAUUAAAAAUAAAGAUUUAAUAGACAAGUAUUUUGAUAUAAUUCCAAGCAAUAAAACAGAAUAUAUACUCGAUGAUUUCUUAUACGCCACAAAUGAUGUCCUUACUUUAGAGCAAUUAAGAUACAAAGAUCCACUCAUGGUCGUUGGAUGCUACAAAAAGGAUGAUUUAUUAUAUUACAGAGUCGAAUUUAAGGAUCAUCGUUAUUACUCAGUAGAAUCCUCAAUUUUAAAGGCAAUAAAACCAAAACUUAUCAUUGAUUUCUUCGAACCACGAAUUGUUCCUAUAUAA